AUGGCAGCAGCCACCAAAUCGAUUCUGCUCAUCUCGACAAUGCACGUUCUCUGCGGACCUCUCCACCCUCUCCAUAUCGCCAAAUAUGGCGCAACGCUAGACCACAUCGCCAAAGGCCGAUGGGGAAUCAACAUCGUGACCGGCCACCGUGCCAUCGAGCACGAAAUGUUCGGCCGCCAACGCAUCGAGCACGACAAACGGUACGAGAUGGCAGGGGAGCUAUUCGACGUAGUGAACAGCCUAUGGGGCGAGACAGAGAACCUCACAUAUGAAGGAAAAGUCUCACCCUGGCGGUUAGAAAACGUGUGGAUAAAGCCUAAACCACUUUACGGACGGCCAGUGCUGGUAAACGCCACAGGCUCAACAGCUAGCAUCGACUUCGCAGCCACGUAUUCUGACCUUAUUUUCAUCACAUCCCCGGGAGGAGCGCAUAUCGACAGCGCACUGGACACGCUGCCAGAGCAUAUUGCGCUUAUAAGAGCAGCAGCUAAAGCCAAAGGCCGCACGAUCAAGAUUUUGAUUAACCCUAUCAUCGUAUCGCGUGAUACACCUGAGGAAGCAGAGGCUUACGCGCAGAGUACCGCGGAUGGAAAGCCGAAGCAAGAUAGCAAAGCAACAUUCGGCAACACUAAUGCAAAGGCGUGGGAUAGCGACGCUCAUGCCUGGCGAGGCAGGAAAGAUAAUAGACAUAAGCAGGGCCUGGGCCUAGGUGGGAAUAUUGAAAUUAUUGGUGAUCCGGAACAGGUUGUGGAUCAGUUGGCUAAGCUGCACGAGGUGGGGAUUGAUGGGGUGCAGCUUAGUUUUUAUGAUUUUAGAGCGGAUUUGGAAUAUUUCGGCAAGGGGAUUUUGCCCCUUUUGAAAGAAGCGGGGUUGAGGGUCGAGCCUGGUGUGGAGGUUGAAGGGAAAAGGAGAAAGAGGAAGGGGGAUGAUGAGAAGGAUUUGAAUAGAUGA